ACCGGUCUCCCCUGUCCCCAGCAGCCUGGAAUGGGUAAUGGUGUGAAGGAAGGCGUGGUGCGAUUGCGUGAGGAUGCCGACACCGUCCUGCCCUCAUCCGUCCCUUCAAAGAGCGAUCACAGGCAAGUUCUCAGCUCCCUCUUUUCUGGGGCCCUGGCUGGCGCUCUUGCCAAAACGGCAGUAGCUCCCUUGGACCGAACCAAAAUCAUUUUCCAAGUAUCUUCAAAAAGAUUUUCUGCAAAGGAGGCCUUCCGGCUGCUCUACUUCACCUACCUCAACGAGGGCUUCUUCAGCCUUUGGCGCGGGAACUCGGCCACCAUGGUGCGUGUGGUGCCCUACGCUGCCAUCCAGUUCAGCGCGCACGAGGAGUACAAGCGAGUCUUGGGCCGAUACUACGGCUUCCGUGGAGAAGCCCUGCCCCCUUGGCCUCGCCUCCUCGCAGGGGCACUCGCUGGAACCACAGCUGCUUCGCUUACCUACCCCCUGGACCUGGUCCGAGCCCGCAUGGCCGUGACCCCAAAGGAAAUGUACAGCAACAUCUUUCACGUUUUCAUCCGCAUCUCCCGGGAAGAGGGGCUGAAGACCCUCUACCAUGGCUUCACGCCCACCGUGCUGGGGGUCAUCCCCUAUGCUGGGCUGAGCUUCUUCACAUAUGAGACCCUCAAGAGCCUGCACAGAGAGUACAGCGGCCAUCGGCAGCCCCACCCCUUCGAGCGCAUGAUCUUCGGGGCCUGCGCUGGCCUCAUCGGGCAGUCAGCCUCGUACCCGCUGGACGUGGUGCGGAGGCGCAUGCAGACGGCUGGCAUCACAGGCCACCCACGCACCUCCAUCGCCGUCACACUGAGCACCAUCGUUCGGGAGGAGGGCGUGGUGCGUGGCCUCUACAAGGGCCUGAGCAUGAACUGGCUCAAGGGCCCCAUCGCCGUGGGCAUCAGCUUCACCACCUUCGACCUCAUGCAGAUUCUGCUGCGGCGCCUGCAGAGCUAGGGGCCCGCACUUGGCCGCUCUCAGGACAGGGAGCCGAGCUCCAGCACGCGGAGGACCGCUGACCCCUAAUAUUUUGGAGCCUGGGGAGUGAGGGGGCGCUUGGCUCUGCCCCAGAGCCACGUGGGAAUGCCUUGUGGAACGAGCCGGCAGGCCAAGGGGCCUGGGCCCAGCGCCCAUGGGUCCGCGAGGAACGCCCGAGGCCCUUCGAGUGCAGUGUUGGGGCCACGAGCCCGCAGCCUCUCCUCUUCCCUCCUCCCUGGAGCUGGCCCCGAUCCCGGACGUGCCCCUCCCCCAAACACCUGACGCAGGAGUGACCAGCGCCACCUCCUGGUGCUCUGCCCCUGGACACGCUCCUGGUUCUAGUGACUCUGGCCCUACUAGGCUCAGAGCCAGACUCCGCCUGCCCCUUGCUGGCCCCGGCUGUGCUCCGUGCUCAGGUGCAGCAGCCGGGAGUGUGGGAGAGGCCUGGCCUCGCCUCUUCACAUGGGACCAGUCUCCUGCUCAGCUGCGGCUACAAAUGCAGCCUCUUGACCGCCCUGCCCCACCCCCUCCUGCCUUUACUUACCAGGUGACAUGACUCCUCAGUCCCCAGAGCCUUCUGCUGGUGAACAGCCUUCUGCAAGUGACCCUGAUCCUGACUUCACGCCAGGGUGGGGCCUGGAGCCAGUCUUACCCUCUGUGGCCCACCCCACAGCUGCACUCAUGGAGGCCGAGCCCCCGGCCCUGACCUACCCACAGGCGCAGAGGCUUCUGGGGGGACCUAUAGCAUCUGGCACCUCCCUGACUCCCCACCUGAGUGGGCGCUUGGCCUGGACAUGGGGCAAUUUAAGGCCUACGGGGUUGUGUGGUUCCCAUGAACGGAUGCGUGGAGGUGGGUGGUAGCCUCGAUCUUCCCCAGAUGGGAGCCGAUGAUGGCGUGUGGCUGGGGGUGGGCAGUUCAGAGGCGUUUAGUUACGACAGGGCACCCCCAGGGAGCCAGUCUCAAGAGAGAAGCUCCGGCCCCUCUGGGUAUCACAAAGACUCAGAAACACCCAUUUCCUAAUGACAUUUGAAGGUUUUGGACUUUUUGGUUUUAAAAUUUGGCCUUGGGUCUAGUCACACCCUAACCGGCCCGAUCUGGUUCCAGCCCCAUCAUGUGAAAUGAUCUGAUUUCCAGUCAUGCCUUCCAUUUCUUACCUUCACUCUGUCCUAUGUCUGUUCUUGCCGUGGACCGUGGUGUGCCCUUCCUUGCAUGUGUCCACUGGCCAGCCCCAGUAUCAUUCCCAGACUCUUGUCCCCAGGGACCCAAGCAGCCUGUGAUCGCCAUCCUGUUGGGUGUUUCACCUCCUCUCCCGGCCUUGCCCAGCACUCAGGAGAGGCAGGGGCAUCCCUCACAGGGAGACAGGACGGGGGCUCAAGGGCCCCAGGCCAGAGAGAGCAUCAGGGACUGGGGGUCCACCCCAGGUGGGUGAGACCAGGUGGCUGGUUGGGCAGCACCCUACUUUGAGCUGCAGGCUGGGCAGGAGCAGGAGGGUCCUCCGGGUCCUACUGGCCCAUGUGCCUCCCCCAAGGUCGCUCCCAGCCCCGAGGGCCUCGGCAGCCCCAUACCCACUCCCCCAACCCCACUCACAGCUGGGCUGGCACCCUCCGCGGUCACACCCCUCCCCACUGGCUGCCUGUCCUGGUCUGGAGUUAUUUUGAUGCCAUGAAGAGACUUUGUUAAUAUAUAAUGUUUAUAUAUUUUAAAGAUUUGUGCCAAGAGAGUAUAUUUAAUAAAAAUUAAAUUGACUUUUC